GUCAUGUGGUGUUGUGUAAGUGACCAUGUUAGAGGAUGUGCAGUGUGACCGGUGUUUGGGUUUCAUGUGAAUCUGAGCAACUGAAUGAGUCAGUGUGCAUGUGUGUUCAGCAUCCAGCUCAGAGUCAUAGGAUUGGGUGUAUAUAAAUAUGUGUGUAUUCAGUGCCCCGCUCAAUAUGAAGCUGGCCAGUUCUGCUAUUAUGACCAACCUUUUAAUGUAGAGAUAAAUCCAUGAUCUUAUUCAAGCCUCCAUUUAACCAACAGCAAUGAUGCCUUUAAGAAACUACCAUCUCUCUAUUUUGUCCCUCAGAGCCUCAGUGAGGAGCAGUAUGGAGGCGCUGUGGUUGUGUUACUCUUCUCCGACUCCUCAGAGUGCAAGUCACCUGCUCGCCCUACUUGUUCUCUGUCUCUCAUUGGCUGCUGUAACUGCUUCACUACUUUUCCACUGGCUCAUAGACCUUUUAAAAUAUGACAUCCAGACAGCAUUGGUUGCAGUUGGUAUCUAUGCCACAGCUGUGUUUAUCCUGUCAUCUCUCAUCCAUCCGUUCCGAUGUGCCUUCACGCUAAUCUUCCCGACGUUGUUCACCCGACAGGGCCGUAAACUGCUCUUGUCCGCAUCCAUGAUGAUCGUAGUGCUGUUUGUCCUACCCAACAUGGCCACCAACAUUGCAACUCUCACACAUGUUGUGAAAUGUGCAUCAGAAAAACUCUCUCAAAGUCUCCUAAGCAGCUCAAACCUCAUCAACACCAUUAAAGACAAUAUCGUCAGAAGAGCCGAGGAGAGCGUGGAUGGGAGUUUAGUGCAAACGCUGCAUGAUUUUGAUCACACCACACAUAUUAAUGUCUCGGAAGUGAAGGGACGGUUGCAUGUGUUGAGUCAGCGAGUGCAGGAGGAUUUCUCUGAAGUUAUAAGUCAAGUACAGGACCUGAAGCUGCUAUUCAGCAGGAUCUUUGCUGCUGGUUUUGUUUUGUAUUUGUUCAGCGAGUCUGUAAUGUACCUUCGGUCUUAUCUGACAUCUGUAAGAUUUGACAACACGUAUAUCACAGGUGGGCUCAGGAGGAAAGGAGCUGAAAAAGGAAUUGUGGUUGAAGCAAAGGAUGUGAAAAAUGGAGUAAACUCCACCAGUUUCAGAAUAACUAAAAAGGAACUUUUCAAAUGUCUGGCUCCAGCAAUGGUGAUCACUCUGUACCUGCUAAUGACAGUCUUUUUGAUAGUGCUGGACCUUUUCUUGUAUUACUUGGUGAAAACAGGUGGGCCUUGGAUUUCAAACAUGCCAUCCACCAACAUCAGCAUCAAUGUCAACCUCAAGGUUGGAACAGAAGUGGCCAUUUGUCAGAUCUUGAACUCAGACUGUCAGCUAGAAUUGUUCAACUUCAACAGAACUUACACAGCCCUCAUUCACUCUGAUCCAAACGUGUGUGAGGCUCAAUCCAGCAAGCUGAACCCAAGUGUAGUGACGGCGCUGGUGUUCCUCUAUCUGUUCAGCUACACCCUGCUGCCGCUGGAGGUCUACGCUCGACGCUUUCGGAGGAAAGUAGCAGCUUCUUUCUUCCAGCAGCAGGAGGAGAGAAGGGUCGAGUUCCUUAUUAAGAAAAUUCAAACUAAACAAAAAGAAAGACAAAAUGAGGUUUUCUUUAUAGAAACCAAUCAUCAAGAUAAAGAAGUCUCUGGGAUGAUAGAUCAGCUAUAA